CGUUGAUCCAUUGAUACUCUUAAAUGAAAGCUGUGUUGUGUGUCUACAAUGGCGAGACCAUGGGUGCUGGUCGUCCUUCUCCUGUUAAUUGUAUUCACAUCGCAGUUCGAGUGGAAGCAGCAACUGGGGAACGAAAUCGAGGCGAGCCCCAACAAUUCGCUCAAAGAUCACUACGCUUCGCAACACCAAGAAUCUGUAAAAGAAAAGAUCAUACUCUCUCAGGAAAAAAAUAUUCAGAAACUCAAUGAGCUAGUACGGAGUCUAAGGGAACAGUUGCUACAGUGUAGGGGUGAAAAUGAGGUUUCAAAUGGCACUGUCAUCCCUUUGGAGCUUGAGCAGGUGCCAAUCCUGGAUGACUAGUCCUCAGUUACAGAAAUUUAACUUCAGUUUCUUUGGUACAUACAGGUAGAUAAACCCUGUUUUCUUGAAGCUUCAUUUUCACCACUGUUUCAGUUGACAUAUAGUGCAUGUUUACAUGACAUGAAAUUCUAAAAUCUAAAUGUCUGUUGUCAAAAUUUUGUGGAUUGUUGAAAUUGUUUUGAGGUGUAGUACUUGUGUAUUUUAUAUCCCAUUUCAGCAAGAUUUACCAUUUCAAAUCAUGUAAAAAAGGUGGGUAGAUAAUUUCCUGCAUUCAGGUUGAAGGGAAAGUAGAUUGGUAUUUGCAGUUUGAAUGUAAAAUACCCAUGUUUCCAAGUAAGC